AAGAAGCCUAACUGAAGCUAACUAAAGACCAGCUUGCGAAGCAAAGGUCCGCGAUCAAAAAACAGAUUGUUUACCUAAAAUGUGAAUCAGUUAUGUUGUUUUAUGUUUGUUAUCGAUCAAAGAACAGGUUCAGUGCACGAAAAAUAACUUUACCUCUGGGCCAGUUGUGGUCUCUGUGGUAACUGUUUGAGAGUCGGUGUCCAUGGUAACAACACCUUAACCUCACCUGACUGGCAGGUUAUUCCAUACUCCUCCCUCCUGCUGGUCCUGGAACAGCAUCUGCAGCAUUGAUUAGUGAUCAGAAUCAUCUCGGCUGCACAUAACCUGCCUGAUGGAGAAGAUAAAGAUGUGUGAGGAGCAGACGGUUUCUCUGGUUGAUGUUCUGGAGGAAGAUGAAGAGUUGGAGGAAGAAGCUUCAGCUGUUUUGGCAGGAAGUGACUCCGAUCAUUGCUCGUACCCUCAGGGCUACGUGAAGCGGCAGGCGCUGUACGCCUGCAACACGUGCACGCCGAAGGGAGGAGAGGCGGCAGGAGUUUGUCUCGCCUGUUCGUACAAAUGUCACGAAGGUCACGAACUCUUUGAACUCUACACCAAAAGGAACUUCCGCUGCGACUGUGGAAACAAGAAGUUCUCAGAGCUGCAGUGUAAACUUCAUCCUGACAAGGAUGACAUCAACAGUUUGAAUAAAUACAGUCAGAACUUCUUUGGUGUUUACUGCACCUGCAGCCGGCCUUAUCCGGACCCAGACGACCAGGUAGAGGACGAGAUGAUUCAGUGUGUGGUGUGUGAAGACUGGCUGCACGGCCGGCAUCUGGGCUGUGUGAUUCCAGACUGUGUGGAGCUGCAGGAGAUGAUCUGUGAGUCCUGUAUGAACAAAAACCUGUUUCUCUGGACCUACGCUGCUCACCUGGCAGUUCCAGGUGCUGUCGACCAGGUGAAAGAGGAAGCAGAAGAGUCAAAGUUAAACGUUCUCAAAGAAGACAAGGCUGAUGAUGUCAGUGAGCCCAGCUGUAAGCGAAGCCGUGAGGAGGCGGAGUCAAGCUGCAGACUAAAGGAACUGCAGGCGAUUGGUCAGAAAAGAGUCCAGUCAGGAGCCGUGUUCUGGCCAUCGGAGUGGCGAUCCAAACUCUGCUCCUGCAACGCCUGCCAGGAGACGAUGUCCAAAACCGGUCUGUCCUUCCUGUUGGACGAGUCGGACACUGUCCUCGCGUAUGAACACAAAGGAAAAAACAGUGACCAGAGACAACAGGGACACGAUCCUCUGAUGUCAGCGCUGGACAACCUGAACCGAGUCCAGCAGCUGGAGAUCAUCCACGGCUACAAUGACAUGAAAACUGAACUGAAGGACUUCCUGCAGAGUUUUGCAACUGAAGGAAAGGUUGUGACGUCCGAUGACAUCCGUCAGUUCUUUGAGCAACAGAGUCGCAAAAGACGCAGAGUCGACUCUGAUCCUUUUCACAGCACCUGAUCGGCUUCUGUUGGUCUCCCCUGUUCAACCAUCAUCCACCACUUUUCAUUCCUGUGGCUUCUUCUUUUAUUUACCGUUCGUUCACUAUCUGAACGUUUGCAGAUUUCCUGGAUUCCGUUGAGAUGUUUUAUCAUCACCACAAUAAAUGUCUCUUUAGUGUCCAACUUUGUGUUUUAAAAAACAACAAUAAAAUUCACUGUAGUCGUG